AUGAUUUUCAACAUCAAUCUGGAAACUUACAAAAAACUUAUUUCAACACUUGCCAUAUCAAACUCAAUCCUACAACAACCCAUCGACUAUAAAGCUGGUCUCACUAAAGCUAUAUCCCUCGGUGUAAAAAACGACACAGAUGGUCUUGGUGCAAAAUCUGGUGAAUGGGGAUUCGCUUGGUGGGAUCAUGUAUUCAACAAAACAUCUGCAUCGAUUCAAAUCAAUUCCGAUGAAGGUGAGGUAACAGUCCAAAAAGCAUCUCAGGCCGAACAGCGACAAGAAGAAAAGAAACUUCUUUACGGCUCAUUUGUAAAAAGUGAGAACAAGUCUGAAAAAAGUGAUCUUGACAAAGACUAUUCAAUCAAGGUAUCAGACAAGGAUUUGUUGCUUGCAUGCGAGGGUAGAACAGCACGAAAAGGUGCUCGGAUCUACCAGCCAGAAAAACCCCAAGUGCAACACAAUACCCUUACUACAGAGUUGGAGAAACAAAACCAAGACGCAUCUAAUGGCUGUAAAAGUAUAGAUCUGAUAAAAGAACCCACCGACACUAUCACUACAAGUAGUAAAAAAUCUAAAUCUAAACGGAGCAAAGCAGAUAGGCAGGACGAUAAAAAAAAGUCCAAGACGGCACACUCGUCCAAGCUCAAACGAUCACAAGCAGAUCUUAACCUAGAUGACCCACCCAAAAAGUCUAAAAAGACCAAAAAACAGAAAAGUGAACCCUAA